GGCCUAUUACCGCGGCAUCCAUCUGCUUCUGGAUGCACAAAACAGACAUAAGUGAUGGGUUGGAACGAGCAAUGUUUUGAUUCAAAGCUGCUGAUAUUUGACACAGCAAUGACUAAAGCUCCAAAGGGCAACAAAGCCAAAACCACACCGCCAAAAUACCUACCCCUCCUUAUCCAACAAGAACAAUACUUUGAUCCUAUCCAACACUCCCAAUAUUCACGAGAUUAUCCAGAAAAGAAAAACCCAUCGCAGAUACUAAUAACUAUCGCUAAUCGGCAUUGCUCCAACCCCCCAAUCUCCACUUCCCCCUGCGGACAUUAACAGAAGCAGCAUCGGCAUCUCCAAGACUCCACCCCGAACAAUAACCUUACCCAUCCUCUAAAUAUCUGUCCUCACAUCAUUUUGCGGAAUGCCACUAUCCGACAAAGGAGGAGUACAAAGCCCGCCCCGUCAAUUUGAUGAGCAUGAAUACAAGCUUGAGCUUCUUCCUCCAAGCUCUAAUUUUCCAACUCUAAAUAUCAAAUAUCGAUAAAACUACCACUCAACGACCCUCCCGCUAACGAACCCAAUCCCUCAAUUUCCGCCCCCUCCCCCCGCCGCAAAAUGUCCCGCUACUGGCCUCACCCCCCCUACGCCUCGGACCAACCUCACUCCGCGCCCAUCCUCUGGAUCCACAUCCUCACUCGCGGACCCCCCACCGCCGCAUUACUCACGCCCUUCGUAUCCGGCAGUGCACUUAUGUAUCGCAAACUCCCGUUACCCAGCUCUCUACUUCCGCGCUCACAGCCUUUAUCUUUUCCCUCUCAACUUCUCAAUCUCCGCUCUAUGGGUACCAACACCCUGGGCGUUACUUUUCUAUUCACUCUCGCAACUAUUGCCCGUAUGUACGGACGCACAGAGAUCGAGUAUCAAGAUCGUAGUUGGCGUCUCCUUGAAAAUAAAGGACAGAUGGAAUCUGAUGAUUGGAUGUAUGGGGGCAUGAUAGUUGGUGCUCUUUGGAAGUUUAAACCUGGGUAUCUGGUGGAUUGGAGGGUGAGAAUUGGGAGUAUCAGUGCAGGGAGCGCAAUAGGGGUUCUGGGAUAUUUAGGUUGGAGGUAUGGAGUCAAGGGUGGGAAAUGGGAUGAAGAUGAAAGGAAUGAGAGGACUGAGAAUUCGAAUUUAUGAUUUACGAUUUAGAGUUUCCGGCUACAUGGUACAUUGGUUUAGGAGUUCGGCGGAAAAGUACUUAAAUAUCACUGACUUUUUAUUAUCCGA